AUGAAGACCCUGGAGCGGCUCGUCCUCAGUCACCUCCGCACCACAGUGAGCUCUGCUAUGGACCCCAUGCAGUUUGCUUACCGACCUGGCAUUGGUGUGGAGGACGCCAUCAUCUCCAUCCUGCAUCGCUCUCUGUCCCACCUGGAGAGGCCCGGCAGCGCUGUAAGGAUUCUCUUCUUUGACUUCUCCAGCGCCUUCAACACCAUCCAGCCAAGACUACUGAGACCCAAGCUGGAGACUGCAGGAGUGGACUGUGACCUGGCCGACUGGAUCCUGGACUAUCUCACAAACCGGCCCCAGUUUGUGAGGACGAGAGACUGUGUGUCUGACAUCAGGACCUGUAGUGUGGGGGCCCCCCAGGGAACAGUCUUAGCGCCCUUCCUUUUCACCCUCUACACUGCAGACUUCAGACACAACACGGACAGCUGCGUCCUGCAGAAGUUCUCCGACGACUCCGCCCUCAUUGGCCUCAUCACAGAUGAUGACGACGCAGAGUACAGAGGACUCACUCAGGACUUUGUGGACUGGUGUCAGCUGAACCACCUCCUCAUAAACGCGGGAAAGACCAAGGAGAUGGUGGUGGACUUCAGACGCCGUCCCACCGUCCCUCCCCCAGUGAACAUCCAGGGAAAGGACAUUGAGAGGGUGGACACUUACAAGUACCUGGGUGUUCAUCUCAACAAAAAACUGGACUGGACUCACAACACGGAGGCUCUGUACAAGAAGGGCCAGAGCCGGCUCUACCUCUUGAGGAAGCUCAGGUCUUUUGGGGUGAGAGGGCCACUCCUGAAGACCUUCUACGACUCUGUGGUGGCAUCAGCCAUCCUGUACAGUGUGGCCUGCUGGGGCAACAGCAUCACGGAGAGGACAGAAAAAGACUGGACAAGAUCAUCAAGAGAGAAAAUGGUGGUGACAUACGAAGUAACUGUGUACACGGGAGAUGCUACUCACAGCAGCUGUUUCCACGAUGUCUUCAUCACCUUGUGUGGCGAACAUGGUGAUAGUGAAGAAAAUAAACUCUCGAGCACUUUUCCAUACUUCCACAUAGACAGUGCUUUGAAAUUUGAGGUAAAUUGUGACAAGCCUCUUGGUAGGGUUUGUCUCAUCAUACUUCGAAAAGAGCACCAUGUAUGGUGGCCAAACACUAAAUGGUUUCUUGCUAAAGUGGAGGUAAAAUCUCCAUUAGGAGAAAUCUACCAGUUUCCCAUCUACCGUUGGAUCAAUGACUGUGAGGAUCACUAUUUCCCUGAGGGGUCAGCUCAUCUUCUCAGCCAAGUAAAACAUGACAUCCUCAAGAAAUACUGGGAGAAGAACAUCAAGGAGAAUCAGAAACUCUAUGAAUGGGCUGAGGGUGACAAGGGAUUGCCGUCCCACUUGAAAGACGAGUCGUUGCCUCUUGAUGCUAAUUUCUCCUACACCAAGGAAGCUGAGAUGGCCUUCACUGCUGUUGAAGCAAUUGCAGAGCUGAAAUUGGAAGAAUGGGCUGAGAUGAAGAAAAAGUGGACUAAUAUUGAUGAUAUUGAACGUCUGUACAGCUGCCAUCGCACUGAAAUAUCUGAUUAUGUCCAUGACCAUUGGAAGGAGGAUUCCUUCUUUGGCUACCAGUUCCUGAAUGGACUGAACCCAAUGGUGAUCCAGCGCUGCCAAACUCUGCCAGAUAACUUUCCUGUCACCGAUAAGAUGGUCUUCAAGGAUGGUAAACAGUCUCUAAAAGAGGAGAUGAAGAACGGGAACAUCUUUCUGUGUGACUAUAAGAUGUUGGACGGAGUGAAAGCCAACAUCAUAGAUGGGAAGCAGCAGUACCUGGUGGCUCCUCUUGUUCUGUUGCACAGAACUCCUGAUGACAAAUUGAUGCCCGUUGCUAUUCAGCUGAAGCAGACUCCAGGGAAAGACAAUCCCAUCUUCCUUCCCUCUGACUCGGAGUGGGACUGGUUGUUGGCCAAGACUUUUGUGAAGAAUGCCGAUUUUAACCUGCAUGAACUCAGUGUUCACCUGCUGCGUACCCACCUGCUGGCUGAGGUCUUCAGUGUGGCUCUGCUGCGCAACCUACCCAUGAUGCACCCUCUCUACAAGCUUCUUGUGCCUCACACUCGCUACACUGAGAUGAUCAACUUCAUGGCGAGAAAAUACCUCAUAUCUGAGGAGGGCGUUUUCACCAAGUUUGCUUCUUCUGGUGGAGAAGGUAUGUUCACCAUCCUGCAGAGGGCGCUCUCCUCUGUGACCUACAGAUCUCUCUGUCUACCAGAUGACCUCUCUGACCGCGGGCUGAUGGAUGUGCCCAACUUCUUCUACAGAGACGAUGGCCUGAAGCUGUGGAGCAUCAUCAACAGUUUUGUGCAGCGAGUCCUUACAUUCUACUACAAGAGUGAUAAGAUGGUUAAAGAAGACCAGACUCUGAAGAUGUGGAUCUCAGAUAUACAUGCACAUGGAUUUAAUAAUAACAAAUUUUCAGAUAUGCCAUCAAAAAUGGAAACUGUGGAUGAGUUGGUGAAGUUUGUCACCAUGGUGAUCUUUACCUGCUCGGCCCAGCACUCAGCUAUAAACACUGGACAGUACGAUUUCAUUGGCUGGAUGCCCAACACCCCAGUCUCUCUGGAACGUCCACCACCAUCUAGAAAGGGAAACGCUACUGAGGCCACGCUGCUGGACACGUUUCCUGCCAUCAACACUACCGUGCAAGGGAUGGCAGCAGUUUGGCUGCUCAGCAAGCGGUCCUCCGACUCUGUGUAUCUUGGUAACUACCCUGAGCAGCGUUUCGUUGAGGACACUCCACUCCAGGAGAUAAAGAGGUUCAAAGAGCAGCUGAAGAAGCUGAGUCAGGCCAUCAACGAGAGAAACAAACAUCUGGAUCUGCCGUACACAUACCUGGACCCCAAGGUGGUGGAGAACAGCGUCAGCCUCUAA